AUGCACUAUGCGCGGGUGCCUUCAGCCUACUGGAGAGACAGACUCCAGAAAAUGAAGGACUGUGGCCUCAACACAGUCCAGACAUACGUCCCCUGGAACUUCCACGAGCCACGGCCGGGCGUCUUCGACUUCUCUGGAGACAGAAACCUCAGCUACUUCUUGCAGACGGCCCAGGACGUUGGUCUUCUCGUCAUAGUACGAGCAGGUCCAUACAUAUGUGCAGAGUGGGAUAUGGGUGGCCUGCCUGCCUGGCUCCUCACGCACAAAGACAUAGCCCUGCGCAGCUCCGACACUGUCUACCUCGACUACGUAGACAAGUGGAUGACUCAACUACUACCCAUAGUGAAGUCACAUCUAUAUUCCAACAACGGCCCUGUGAUAACAGUUCAGGUUGAAAAUGAAUACGGGAGCUACUAUGCCUGCGAUAAAAAGUACAUGGAACACUUGUACGUUCUCUUCCGAUACUUGCUGGGAGAUGACGUCGUGCUUUUUACCACAGACGGAGACAGCGAUGGAUACCUCAAGUGCGGUACUCUCACACCUUACCUGUAUGCCACUGUUGACUUUGGAGUAACGGUAGACCCGGCGGCAAACUUCAAGAGCCAGCGAGACUACGAACCGAAGGGCCCUCUGGUGAACUCAGAGUUCUACACAGGGUGGUUGGACCACUGGGGUCAGCCGCAUCAGACAAAGAGCUCAAAGGCGGUGGCAGACUCUCUCUAUCUCAUCCUCAAACUAAACGCCUCGGUCAACAUGUACAUGUUUGAAGGCUGGGACCAACUUUGCGUUUUGGAACUGGUGCAAAUGCUCGGGAGCACGUACCAGCCUCAACCCACCAGCUAUGACUACAAUGCUCCUCUCACAGAGGCAGGGGAUCCAUGGGAAAAAUACACACUCGUCAGCCAAGUCAUAAGCUCUUAUACCGGUACAGUGCCCUAUACGCCACUUGUGGAGCCCAAGGGAGCCUAUGGUAAAGUGUACAUGACAGCAGCUGUGGGCCUUUUCGACUCCCCACAGCUCGUAGCGAACCAGGUGUCUUCUGACACGCCAGUUAGUAUGGAAAUGCUUGGACAAAGUUUUGGUUUCAUGAUCUAUAGCACUAAGCUGCCGUCUGAGCUAACUGGACGAUCUUCAAGUUCUAUGACCAUAUCAGGACUCAAAGAUCGCGCAUCUGUCUACAUUGACGGAGUCUUGAAGGGGACGGGAAUGAGGGGAGACCCUGUUAAAUCAGACGUUAGUUUGACCAUCGAUAUCCCUAGCGGUGCCGUUGACUUGGACAUAGUGGUGGAGAACAUGGGAAGGAUAAACUAUGGCAGUCUCCUGAAUGAUAGCAAGGGGAUUCUGGGGUCCGUGGGUAUUGAUGGGCAAGCCCUCACUCAGUGGGUAUCCAAAGCAGUUCCACUGGACAACAGUACUCUCAUACCGUUUCAGCAGCUCAACGAGACGGUAAGAAUGCCAAACUCGACCGUUUUCUACCGUGGAACGUUUCGAUUCGACGGCCAAGCCUACUCUACCUACCUGAAUGUCUCUGGCUGGAGCAAGGGAGUUGCGUUUGUCAACGGCUACAGUCUGGGUCGCUACUGGCCUGUGAAGGGACCACAGAAGACGCUCUAUGUCCCAGGAGCCUUCCUUCGCUCCAACACAGAGCUAAACGAACUCAUUCUCUUUGAGAUCGACCACUCUCCCUGCAUUCCACCUUACAACAAUUGCUUUGUGUCACUUGUAGACACCCCUGACAUUGGAUAA